AUGAGCAGCCACAGCACGAUGCAUACGCUCGACAUCCACUCUGCCACCACCGACCAGAUCCUAUCCCUCGACAACAUUCGAUCGGUUCUCAUCCGACUCGAGGAGACGAUCGUAUUCCAGCUGAUCGAGCGGGCGCAAUUCGCACGCAAUGCCAAGUGCUACGUCCCCGGCGGUUUCCCCGAACUUGCGGAGCGCGAGGGGUGGACCAGCUCGUGGCUCGCAUGGUUUUUGAAGGAGACCGAAAGCACGCAUGCCAAAGUGCGCCGCUUCGAGGCGCCCGAUGAGUACCCGUUUACAAACCCGGAGUUGCUGCCCACGCCGAUAUUGGCACCCGUAACAUACCCGCAGCUGCUGUGGAAGCACGCCGUCAACGUCAAUGACCAGAUCAUGAAGUUUUACGUCGAGAGCAUUGUACCGGGCAUCACGCGGACGUUGGGCGAGAACGCGGACGACGGGCACUACGGUUCCUCAGCGAUCCGCGAUAUGGAGGUGCUCUCAGCGCUCAGUCGACGCAUUCAUUUCGGAAUGUUUGUAUCGGAAUCAAAGUUCCGUGCGGCACCUGCGUCGUUCAUCCCGCACAUCCUCACGCCGAACCGCGACGCGCUCGCUGCGCUCAUCACCAAACCGGCGGUCGAAGCGGCGCUCCUGGUGCGGCUGGCCGAAAAGGCAAAGGUGUACGGCCAGGACAUGGAUCGUCCCGGCGCCAACGCCGAGGACCGGGAAAAGGAGCGCAAGAUCGAGGUCGACACGGUCGUUCGGAUCUACAAGACGUUUGUGAUCCCCUUGACCAAGGAGGUCGAGGUGGAUUACCUGCUGACGAGAUUGGAGGGGGUGGAUCAAAGACAGGUGGAGGAGAUGUUGCGGACGGACAAGUUUGUUGGUUGA